AUGGUUGUAUCGACGAUACCCAUCUACCAUGGCAGAAUUGAGACUGUAGAGUUCUCCAGCUUCACUCGGCAAGUGUUGGGUGGGCGGUGGUUUUCUCUUUUUGCUUCGUUUCUUGUAAUGACAAGCGCCGGUGCGUUUUAUUUGUAUUCUCAUUUCUCCAAAGACAUUAAAGAAACGCUCAAAUGUGACCAAACAACACUCAACAAGAUUGGGUUUUACAAAGAUAUUGGAUCAAACAUCGACAUUUUCUCUGUUCUUCUUGUUGAAAUCGCGCCAUCUUGGAUCCUUCUCGUCAUUUGCUCUGCGGUUAACUUCAUUGGCUACUUCAAGAUAUGGCAAGGCGUCGUUGGAAAAAUUGUGCAACCAUCUGUUGAGUACUUUUGCUUUUACAUGGCCAUGGGGGGAAACUCUCAAAUUUUAGCCAAUUCAGUGGUGCUAGUGACAUGUGUGAGGAACUUCCCGGAAAGAAGAGGGGUGAUAUUGGGGCUUUUAAAGGGCUUCUUAGGCCUAGGAGCGGCUGUACUGUCCCAAAUUUACCUAGCCAUUUAUGGUCAUGAUACCAAAUCUCUGAUUCUGUUCAUUGCGUGGUUUCCAUCCUUGAUUACUCUGAUUUUUGCCUUUUCAAUCAAGGAAGUGAAAAUUGUGAAACACCCACAUGAGUUCAGAGUUUUCGUUCAGUUUCUAUGCAUCACCCUCAUUUUAGCUAUAUUUCUCAUAGUGUUAACCAUCAUUCAAAGAAUAGUUGAAUUUGAUCAAUCAGCACACAUAUUAGUGAUGAUUGCAAUCAUGGGUUUGCUAAUUCUUCCAUUGUUCAUAGCCAUUAGAGAAGAAAUGGUUCAUUGGAAUCUUAACAAAAUGACCAAAUUUGAAAAAUGCCAAACAUCAGCCUCUAUAAUUUCAUAUUCCUCUUCCACAUUACAACAUUCAAGAAAUUCAUAUCUUUCAAACAUUUUCAACAAACCCGAAAGAGGAGAUGAUUACACAAUUCUUCAAGGAAUUUUCAGCAUUGACAUGCUCCUCAUAUGCCUUACAAUGUCAAUUGGUAUCGGCUCAAGCCUUACAGCCAUGGACAACCUCGGCCAAAUCGGAGAAUCCCAAGGAUACUCAGCUCAAUCUAUCAAUGCAAUAGUCUCCAUCAUCAGCAUUUUUAACUUCAUUGGAAGAAUCUUUUCCGGGUUCGUUUCAGAAAUCUUGCUCGAACAAUACAAAUUUCCCCGACCCUUGAUGCUGACACUAACCCUUUUGGUGUCGUGCAUUGGUUACUUAUUGGUGGCCUUCCCCUUUUAUAAUUCACUCUACAUUGCAUCAAUCUUAAUUGGGUUUGCUUUUGGGUCUCAAGUUCUAUUGGAUAUCACCAUAAUUUCAGAGAUUUUUGGUCUUAAACAUUACGCUAUAUUUUAUAACAUUGCGCAACUCUCUUGCCCAAUUGGGACUUAUGUUCUAAACGUGUUGGUGGCUGGGAAACUCUACGACAAGGAAGUGAAGACAUGGAUUGCUUCAAGUGAAUAUAAAUGCCAUGGGGAACAGUGUUACAGAGAUUCUUUCACGAUUUUGACUGGGAUGUCGUUGUUGGGAGCUGCAAUAUCUUUGAUUUUGGUGAAGAGAACGAGGGAGUUUUAUAGAGGGGAUAUAUACCAGAAGUUUAGGGAAGAUAUGGAUUCUUUGAGGGAGGAAGUGGAACUUUACUCUCUUGAUGAGAGGCAGAAUGAAGCUGAAAGCAUACAUGUUCAUAAAGAAGUUACCAUUUUCAAGAAAUGA